AUGUCCACAACAAUAACAUAUUAUUGUUCAUGUUCAGCAUGUACAAAAAUUCGAAAUAAACAAUCGCAACAUUAUCGUUAUAUAAAUUUAUUUCGUUAUUUAUUAAUAUGUACUUGUUGUUCAUCAAGAAGUAAAUUAAUUCUUGAUAAUCAAUCAAAUUUUUCCUCUAUAAAUGAUACAAAAACAUCAACAAUUACAUUUCGAGAUAUUGAUAUAACACAUAAACAUUGUUCAAAACAUGAUGUUUUGGUUAAAGCAUCACGACCACAUAUUUCAAGAAUUAAACAUGAAGAAUUACGUCAACGUGUUAAAGAUGCAAAUCAACGUUGGACACGUAUGUCUAUAUUACCAGCAAAUCUUAUUGAUUUUAUAUUUAUAAAUAAAGAUUCGAUUCCAUUUUGUACAAUAUGCUAUGAAAAUCUUUCACCAUUAACAUUUGAUCUUUGUUAUAAAUGUAUUACAACAGCAAUUAAUUAUAAAAAUACUUUAUCAACUAUGUCAACUAUAACUGUAUUUACUAAUAGUAUAGAAAAUGUUUCAGAUGAAAUUGAAUCAUAUUCUAUUGAUUAUAUAGAAGGUGAAUCAAUUUCACCAUGA